CAACCUGCUGCUGACUGAAAUAAACACUCAAAGACUCAAAGUGAAAGUAACUGAUGCAACAUUUUACAGCAGGGUGAGGAAACACACCUGAGUUCAUGUUUAACGUGCUGUUUGCUGUUUCCAGCUGCACUCAGAGACAAAAUGGCUUCCAGAUUAGAGGAGGAUCUCUGCUGUCCGGUCUGUCAUGAGGUCUUUAGAGAUCCUGUUGUUCUGUCAUGCAGCCACAGCUUCUGUAAAGACUGUCUGAAGAGCUGGUGGACAGAGAAACAGACACGUGCGUGUCCAGUUUGUAAGAGAAGAUCUUCAAUGGAUCCACCCUGUAAUCUGGCUUUAAAGAACCUGUGUGAGAGUUUCUUACAGGAGAGAGAUCAGAGAUCUUCAGAGGCUCUCUGCAGUCUGCACUCUGAGAAACUCAAACUCUUCUGUUUGAACCAUCAGCAGCCAGUGUGUGUCGUCUGCAGAGAUUCCGAAAAACACUCCAACCACAGAUUCAGACCCAUCGAUGAAGCUGCACGACAACACAAGAAGGAACUUGAGGAAACUCUGGAGCCCUUAAAGGAGAAGUUAAAGGUUUGUGAAGGAGUUAAAGUGAAGUUUGAUCAAACAGCAGAACACAUGAAGUUCCAGACCCGAAGCACAGAGAGGAAGAUUAAGGAGCAGUUUAAGAAGCUUCACCAGUUUCUAGAAGAGGAAGAGGAGGCCAGGCUGGCUGCACUGUGGGAUGAAGAGGAGCAGAAGAGUCAGAUGAUGAAGGAGAAGAUGGAGGCUCUGAGCAGAGAGAUAGCAGCUCUUUCAGACACAGUCAGAGCCACAGAGGAGGAGCUGAGAGCUGAAGACGUCUCAUUCCUGAACAACUACAAGGCUGCAGUGGAAAGAGUCCAGCAGCGCCCCCUGCUGGAGGAUCCACAGCUGCCCUCAGGAGCUCUGAUAGACGAGGCCAAACACCUGGGCAACCUGACCUUCAACAUCUGGAACAAGAUGAAGGACAUGGUCUCCUACAGUCCUGUGAUUCUGGAUCCAAACACUGCUCAUCCAUAUCUCAUCCUGUCUGAAGAUCUGACCAGUGUGAGACUAGUAAGAAAGAAUCAGCAGCUUCCUGAUAAUCCAGAGAGGUUUAAUCGUGGCUGCUCUGUUCUGGGCUCUGAGGGCUUUAACUCAGGGACUCACAGCUGGGAUGUCGAGGUUGGAGACAAUACACACUGGGUACUGGGUGUGUUAGCAGAGUCUGUCCAGAGAAAGGGAGACAUACUGUCUGGAUUAUGGGUAAUAUGGUUGACUAAAGGUAAACACUCAGCAGAGUCAGUACCAGGUCCAAAAACUGAUCUCGUAGUUCAGAAGAAGCUCCAGAGGAUCAGAGUGAAUCUGGACUGGAACAGAGGAAAGCUGUCGUUCUCUGAUCCUGAUACUAACACACACAUACACACCUUCACACACACUUUCACUGAGAGGUUGUUUCCAUACAUUAACACUGGGAAUGAAUUCCCACUGAAGAUAUUACCAGUGAAGGUCAGUGUGACAGUGUAAGCCACGGACGUAAUUUGGUGGGGGGAGGGAGGCAGGGAGGGGGACAUGUCCCCUGCACUUUUUCAAGUGGCUGUUUUGGUCCCCUGCAAUUUUUACCAUCCAAAAACAAUGUUACACUAUAGUAAACAGAGACACGUCAAGCACUAGGACCAAGCGGAAAACGGCCGCUCAAGCUGAAGCCUGUUUCCCUUAGUUUAGACAGCCCACAAGUUCCUCGAUUGGCUCUGCUGUUUCCUGUGUGAUUGGCCGUCCCUGCUGUCACUCAAUCUUGGAAGCUUUGGAUGAGUUGAUGAUGUUGACCCUUCUGUGGUCUUUGGGUCAAAUUGACCCUUGUUGCCUUUUCAUUUACAUCAAAAAUAGGAUUUUCUUCCAUAUAACUGCCUAAAAUGACAGUGGUUCUCUGUUACACUCAUUUCAAAUAAAAUGGAUUAUUGACUACUUACACUGAAUUAUGGACAUUGUAUUCAAUUUUUGCUGCUAUGUAAAUGAGGUCUGUUUACCAUAUAUUCCAUAAAUAAGUGUAAAAUUGGUGGUAGUGAGUGCUAUUUUCUUUUUGUUUUUAUUUAGAUUUAAAAAAAAGUUUUUGUUUCUAUUGUCGACCUCUUUCAGACGUAAAAUUAUUUUACUCAGUUUCUGAUCUUUAUGUUUGGUUUUCUUUUAAUGGAUACUGUGUGGUUUUAAAUAUAUUUUUUUAUUAUUUUGACUUGAAGAUCAGCAACCAGUUUGUGGAAGCUGAUGGAUCCAAAUAAUUGAUACAAAUGAAUCAAUAACUGCAUGUUUGAGCAGCAAAGUUUCCAGAUUGUUUAAUUCCACAUAUGAAAUGUUCACAAUGUGUAAAAUAUUUGUGUAAAUUAUCUAAAAUAUAUGAACAAUGUUCUGUUUGAUGUGAUGAAGUGGAGAUGAUUCAGUCUGUAACAGUGUUUUCAUUCAGUUUCCAUCAGUUGAAUUCUGCUGUUAGUCAUUCAGUCAGAGGAGAAGUUCUUCUAUUUAAGGUGGACGUCUCAUGUUUAAGGUGGAACGUCUCAGUUUGGGUUCAGACUGUAUGUAAUGUUGCUGAUUUCAGAACAUUAAUUAAUGUUAAUGUACAAUUCCUCAUGUUUUAUAAUGUUUAAUAACAUUCUCCAGUCGGAGAAAUACAGUUAUUAACUUGAUACCAUCUAAAAUAACUGACCUAAUGGGCUAUAACGAGUUUCUGUUAACUUUAUACCAUAAGAAAAUUGUCUUUGAAUGAACAAUUAAUUCGGUUUUAAGUUAAAUCUGCAUGUAAAUAGAUUUUUAAAAGGAGAUAAAGUUUUCUAUCUGUGACAUGACCACAAUCAAGAUUUCCUCACAGUCAAAAACUGUAGAAAAGUAAUAAUUUUACAUAAUAUGACCUUUAUUGAACAACAUAUGAAGGUUGACAGCAGUGAGAACAAAUGCAAUGCAGAGGUUUGACCAGCAGGUGUCACUGUUUUGUCUUUGAACAGUUUGUCAGGUUGCGUUCACUGGCUUCAGGAAAUCUGUACCAUCACCUGGACCCACCCAGGGUUCCACUGUCCUCCACAAAGAGAAGAUAAAAACAAUCUGUAUGUUUAACAUUUAAUUAAAGUGAGUGGUAGUGAGCGUGUGCAGGACGAACACCCACUAAUGUUUAUUCUCAUUUCAAAUUUGCACAAUGAAAUAAAACCGAUGUGCUGCCUCAGAAAGAAGAGGGAACAUCACCAAGAAUACAAGACUUUCUUCACUCUUUUGCUUUUAUCCAGAACUCGUAAAACGGACUUUUUUCAAAUAACUGAAAAUGUUGCAGCAGCGUAAAAGCAGAAGCAACAUCGUUUGAAAAAAAAAAAAGAAAUUCAGAAUAAAACUGAAA